AUGGCACUCGGAGUAAAGAUAUUCCUGAUUGCAUCAGCAGCAAUAUUAGGUUGUACUGAGGGAAGAAAGCAGGCUAUAACCGAGGAGAAUGAAAAUAUCCUGAUUGAUACGGUUUUAAUCGAACACGACGGACCUGUAUCCAGAUCAAAACGAUCAAUAGAAAUGCCACAAACCAUGUUCUUGAAGAUGAAAUCGGAAAACACUGAUAAGAAAUUACGGUUAAAAAGGGCACCUAAAGUAAACAUACCCACUUAUAGUUUUGAUAAUGGAUCUGUGGUGAAAGUUGAUAUUCCAAAAUACGAGAAAAAUGCUAUUUAUAUAGAUCAUGAUACGGGAAGACCUAUUAUGGUCUCAGAAAAGGGUGGUUAUUAUGAUGUGCUUGGAGACGUGAUAGUAAAUAAUCAGAUUGCUCAGUUGAAGCCCCUUGGCAGAGGAAGACACAACUUAUAUUCAUCUGGACCUAGAAAGUUUGGAAAAGACAUGAAGAGUUCAAAUGGAGGAGCGAAUCUUAUUCCAGAAAAGCCACUUCGUAAAAUUGUUCGUGCACUGAGGAGGAAGGCUAGUAGAAAUCGAAAUAAAAGACAAGCAACACGAUAUAUUGUGGAGAUGUUAUUUGUAGUAGAUCAACCAAUUCUAAACAGGUUUGCAUCAAGAAACGGAGGUGAUCGAACUUUAGGCGAUGCUGAAAUGAUAGCUUACUAUGAAUUGGUUCUACGUUCGAUGUCGGCACGAUAUGACUCUAUUUCCUCAUUUUAUCCUAGUGUGUCUUUUGCUCUUGAAGGUAGUGGUAUCAUCUUCCCUGCAACACCUACUAGUUUUCCAUUCUAUAAUAAUAAUGAAGCCAAUGGUUUGGUACAAGCCGAUGAAGGGUUAGAUGAUUUUACAGAUUGGGUAAAUGAUAACAGAAGAAUUUUACCAGGACAUGACCAUGCUUUGUGGUUUAGUGGUGAUGAAUUGGCAACUGGAAUUUCCACUUCUGUACUUGGCAUAGCAUGGAUUGGUGGUGCCUGUAAUAAUCUAGGAACAGGCAUGGUGGAAGAUGCAUUUUCUGGUGUAACCAGUUCAAUAGCGGCUCACGAAUUAGGCCACGGUUUAACAGCCUAUCAUGAUGGUUCUUUUCGAGAAUGUUCAGACGAUGAUUAUAAUGUCAUGGCAGCAAGAUCCUUUAUACCUCUUGGGGCCAAAAAAACAAAUCCAUGGUUUUUCUCAUUUUGUUCUGCUAAUUACAUAACGUAUUACACUGAACGGCGACAUGGCUGUUUAUUAGUUAAUAACAAUAAUAUAACCGAACCUUUGACAUCAAAUUUAGCAGGACAAGAUAUUGAUGCAGAUGAACAAUGUCGUUUAGCCCUCUCUACACCACAAAGCUACUUCUGCAGAAAUAGACAAAAAAGUCUUGGAUUUGCUGAGAUGUGUAACAGAAUGUAUUGUUUUUUCCCAAAUCAAAAUCAAUGUGGAUAUAUCGGAUCGUUUGAUUAUACUACAUGUGGCGAUGGACAGUGGUGUGAAAAGGGUGAUUGUGUGAGUUCAGGCUCAGCUCAAUCCACUGCAAGUGAUUGCCCUCAAGGUGACAGCCCGGUUGCAUCAUGUUCUUUUGCUUCAUGUGGAUCUUACAGUGCAUCACAGCUAACUGAUUGUUGUGCAACCUGUUCAUCGGAACCAACAACUAUAGAAAAUGCUACAAGAAUAGACUUAUCCAUUAAUGCAACCUCUUUUUUUAUUCCUGAAAAUUUAGGAUGA